AUGUCUACGCCUAGUGGGACAACGGCCUCGUCGCCUACUCGAGGGUCCGCUUCCCAUGGCAUUGUGCGUGAGCAUGCGCCGACACGUAUUGGCCUUUCUCACACGUCGCCAGACGGUUCUGCCAUGCGGCCUUCCUCUUCGCAUCGAUCGAGUCUUUACUCGCCUCACGGACCUGUAUCCCCCUCGCUUGUUUACGCAAAUGAAAUGCCGGACGAUCCCAAUGAAGUGUCGCAGCUUUCUCAUCUAUUCCCAUCUAGCCUAGCACCUGCAUGGAGUCCUGGCGGGCCUUCUUCGACGCGCUCUCCUGGCGCUCGUACUGAUGACAACUCUCAGUACUUCCCUUCGAUGCCGGUAUCGGGACGCCAACGCACUGCCCCCGUUUCGCCAUCAGCGUCGCGAUCGUACCUCCCAACUGACUCGUCACGCAGCAUGUAUGAUCGUCGGCCCAAGUCAGCCCAUAUCCUUACGCCGCCGCCUAUGCCACGCUCACCCAUCCUGCAAGACCAGCGACUGAGCCCUAGCCGUGGACGACCAAGGCCCUUGUCGGCACACAUCCUGUCGCCUGGAAUUGUUUCCUCCGCGCAAGCUGCACGUCGACGAACGCCCGAUACAAACAACAUCUUUGAGCGCGAUAUUGAACUUAAUGGCACUCCGCAUGCCUUGCGGCCGCAGGAAGCGAUUGACUUGGCUGUGCCCUCUGUGCUCCAUGACGCUGCGCAUGCUAUUGUGGGUGAUUCUACCUUGGAAAUCAUUUCGCCCCGUAGUGAAUCGACGCGGGCAUCUUCGCCUCUUCGUCCCGGUGAAACUCUCAGUCGUGGGCUCUCGCAUGAUGGCAGUCAUGUGGGGGGGCGCACACAGGGGGGUGGCUAUGGACACCGUCGUCUGCGGUCGGAUCAUUCGAACAUAUACAUGCCCACGAGUCCGUCUGUCUUAUCGCAAGCCGGCUCACGUCGAUCGAUGCUUUUGUCUGCCUCACCUGGCUCCCAGUCGGAAUCUCUCGCUCCGUCUAUGAGCCCCAGUCUGAGUAUUGAUGGUGCCAUCAUACCCGAUAACCAAGCGGCGACUGUGACACACAGCCUUGAUGAGUUAGCUGAUGUUAUGGCUCAUAUCCAAACAGACAAAACUGCGAUGCUCACACCAGGCUCAUACACAGGGGCUGGCAUACCCAUGUCUUCGCCCAUGUCGACAGCUGCGUCUUCCAGCUAUUUUUCUUUGCAGCCUCACGCUGAUGACAACCGCCACUCCAAGUUCCGUUACCAACUGCUGGAUAUGCCGGCUGGUGAUCGCAGCGCGGAUCGCUCUCACUCUGUGCCGCCACCACGCCCCGUCUCCUUUACCGCCGGCCUUCGUGGCUCUCGACACACGGUGCCUGCACCAGGGGCCGAAGACAUGCCUGACGUGGCGGCGAUGCCGCAUUUGCAAGUACCUCAGGGCCAAGUUCCAUUGCGGUCGACGUCGUCUCAGGUCAAGGAACGUAAGCGCCUCUCAUGGAUGUCGUACACGGAUUUAGUGCAUGAUGUCGAUGAACAGGUCACAGAUUUCGACGCUAGUAUGCGUCGUUCAUAA